UACAUUUCAUUUAGAUUAAUUGACACAUAAAUUAUAUGCCAUGCUGGUCAUCUUGAGUUUACAAAUGUUGACAUACAGUGAGAUACAAUUUCAUGUUGCCAUGACUUGAAGUUUCAGGUGCAACAGGUAGGAGGAUCACUCUUGAGGGCCGUGUAAUCUCUGAGGGCAUCACACCCACAUUUGUAACAGGACUUGCUGCUGUGUUUGCAAUCUACUACAUAUUCAACCUUCAGUAGAAAGAUGAGGCAGCCAGUAUUUUGGAAUUCAUUCAGAGUGCUCACGUUGAAUACACCAGAGACUGAAAAUGUGGCAGAUGCAGACGAUGCCUUCAGUUGCACAGAUUGCAGAAGCCUUGAAGACAGUCUUCAACUGAGCAUCAAAGAGAUCAAGGAAAGGUGGUCUGCCCUGUUUGACGUGCCACAGAUCAACACUGAGUUCCAUCGAACUGUCACUGUAAAUCUUGAGGCCAAAUUCAUGUUCAUGUUGGACCACUACACUCCUAAACUGCUUGGUAUCUUUCAAGCCAAGAAAGGUGCUGCUGGACAGAGGCAUCGUGCAGAGAUGAAUAUUCGACUCCAGUAGGGGGCUCGUGCUCCUCUUCCUCAUCCAAUACAGAGAGUGAAGAAGAGCCACGUG